GAAAAGACCUUCAUCGCCCCUCCGCUGAUGACUGACAUUAGUGACCCUACCGUCUGGCUCAGCAGUCUUCCUCAAGAAAUGCUACAGGAAUCCUUCUUGAUCAUCUUGUUUUCGUCACUGAUUUCGCCCUUCAUCGCCUCCCGAGGACUGACGGAAAAGCCCUUCAUCGCCUCCCAAGAAAGGAAGGACAGACGGAAAAGCCCUUCAUCGCCUCCCAAGGAAGGAAGGACGGACGGAAAAGCCCUUCAUCGCCUCUCAAGGAAGGACGGACGGACGGAAAAGGCCUUCAUCGCCUCCCGAGGACGGACGGACGGACGAAAAAGCUCUUCAUCGCCUCCCAAGGAAGGAAGGACGGACGGAAAAGCCCUUCAUCGCCUCUCAAGGAAGGACGGACGGACGGAAAAGGCCUUCAUCGCCUCCCGAGGACGGACGGACGGACGGACGGACGGACGGACGGACGGACGGACGGAAAAGCCCUUCAUCGCCUCUCAAGGAAGGACGGACGGACGGAAAAGGCCUUCAUCGCCUCCCGAGGACGGACGGACGGACGGAAAAGCCCUUCAUCGCCUCCCGUUGAUGGGUGACCUCAGUGACUCAUCACCAGGCUCGGCAGGUUUUCUGGAAGAAAUCCAACAAGUGUUCCCGGAUGAGCAGGAAUUCUCCUGGAUCAUCGGAUUUCGCCCUUCAUCGCCUCCCAACGACGGAUGACGGAUGAAAAUGACUGAACUUGAAAAGACUGGGUUUCUUUUUUUUUCUCUUUAGGAUAAUUUUGUUUAGAGACUUCAUAAUUAAUUUUAUUUUUGGAUAUUUAAAAUGCCUUUCAGUGUUAAAUGUUAGUUAGAAUUUAAUGUCUGGUUUAGGGUCUCCUGAUCUCUCUCUAGUUUUGCUGCUGUCUGUUUAGGUUACUGGAGGAUAAAUCAAUAAUUUUUCAACUGUUCACUUUUUGUUGUCUC